GCUGAUGUUAGUCACUUCCUGCAUGAUUUCCUCCGUGCUUGCAGCGGCUGCUCUGUCGAUAAGACGUGAUCGAUUGUGAUCAAUAAGAUGGAUCUGCUGUCAGAGCAAAGACGUUGCUAAUGACUUCAGGGAGGUUUCACUGUCUGAGACUGAUGGCGACACGAGAUACAAAUGUGAGAAGAUCUCGAGAGUCCAGUUUGCAGUCUGAGGAGUCCAUGAGGGCAUUGGAGGAGUUGAGGCUGCUGUCAGAGGAGCCCAGGAUGAAGUCAACGGGCCCCAUGGUUUCCUGGGAGUCAGAGCUGGCCUCCGUCCAGCACUCUUUAAAGUUUGUGUUGAAGCUGAAGGAGGAGUUUAUUUGUCCCAUCUGCAGAGGAGUCGUGCUCAACCCCCAACAGAACUCCUGUGGACACAUCUACUGUUUCCACUGCCUCCAAGAGCUGCUGGAAAGUUCAUCACCUUCCAGCCCAGUUUGCCCAGUGGACAGAGCAGUGAUCACACCAGCUGAGGUGUUCCAGGACAACUGCUGCAAGCGAGAAAUCUCCAGUUUAGAAGUGUACUGCACUAACUCUCCAGCAUGCACCUCUGUCCUCACAUUAAACCAUCUGCAGGAGCACCUGAGGUCGUGUCAGUAUGAGCAGCUGCAGUGCACCAACCCAGGCUGCAGGAUGGUGCUACAGAGGAGGUACCUGCACGAACACCUGACCAACACCUGUCCUCACCGCAGCGAGCCCUGCCCACGCUGCAGACAGCUGCUCCAGUUCAGUCUCAUCCAGGAUCACAUGCAGAGCUCAUGUCCAGAGGUGGAGGUGGACUGUCCCAACGGCUGCUCCCAGAAGAUCCCUAGACACAAGCUAACGGAGCACAGAGACUCGUGUCCUGAGGUUCACACUGACUGCUCCUAUAAGAAGUUUGGUUGCUCUGUGCAGGGUACCAGAGGGAACGUAAGGUUGCAUGAAGACACUGCUGUUAAUCAUCACAUGCUGUUGGUCCUGAGGAGCAAUGCACAUCUGGAGCAGCAGGUGGAGGUUCUCCAGGAGGAGGCGCUGCUGAGACAGCGAGAAGUUCACUCAGACAGUUUGCUGAUCGCUGGUCUGCAGAAUGGAAUCAGGCCACUGCUGCAGCAGAGCAACAGCCAUGAACACAGCAUCUCUACAGCUCAGAGGACUCUGAGCAGGCAGGAGGAUAUCCUGUCCUCCAUCCAGCUGGAGAUCCAGCAGGUUUCUCGAGGACUGGGUCCCAGUCUGAAGGAGCUGGAGCAGCUCAGGAAGUCUCUGGAUGCUGUGAUGGAGGAAGUGUUGGCAGCCGAGGCCCUCAAAGAGCACCUGGGAACUUUGGAGGAGAAGCUGAAGCAUCACUCGGGUAUCUUCGAUCUUCAUGCUACUCAGUUUAGUCUCAAUAAGGAGCACCUGCAGGAGCUGGAGGUGAUGUCCUAUGACGGCAAACUGAUCUGGAAGAUUGAGGACUUCAGGAAAAGGAGGGAGGAUGAGGCCAGAGGUCAGGCACCAUGCCUGAGCAGCGUGCCGUUCCACACCGGACGCUGCGGCUACAAAAUGGCCAUGAAGACCUAUCUGAACGGGGACGGGGAGGGAAGGGGGACUCACCUGUCCCUUUAUGUGGUCCUGAUGCCUGGAGACUUCGAUGCUCUGCUGCCGUGGCCCUUCAGACAGACCGUGUCUCUGUCUGUUCUGGACCAAAGCGGCGCCGGAAACCACCGGAGUCUCAGCUUCAGACCCGACCUGACAACCAAAGGCUUCCAACAACCUGCUGCAGAGUCUGUGAGCAACAUUGCUGUUGGAUUUCCAUGUUUUAUUCCCCUCAACAUUCUCGAAACUUCCCAAAACCAUGUGUACAUUAAAGAUGACACACUGUUUGUCAAAGUGAAGGUGGAUAUGGCGGGAUUAGACCAGCUGUAAGAUUUGUUGUCACAUCAGAGUCGAUUUAUUUCUUUGA